UGAUUUAAGGAUAAUGGACCGAGAACUGAACGAGGAGGAACUGCAGGAGUUGUACGCAUGGAUAGAUAAAAUAUCUCUGUCCCGGCCCAAGAGACACAUCACUAGAGACUUCAGCGACGGAGUGAUGGCUGCAGAGGUUGUCAAAUAUUUCUUCCCAAAGCUUGUUGACCUGCACAACUAUAUUCCUGCAAACUCCACACAGCAGAAGCUCAGUAACUGGAACCUUCUCAACAGGAAGGUGUUUCCCAAGUUGAACUUUCAUGUUCCUGAGGACACAGUGAAGAAGAUUGUACUGAGCACUGCAGGAGUGAUAGAGCCUGUACUGAGCGCCCUCAGGGAGAAGAUAGACAAGAAACUGGAGCACACUACGGAGAAUAUACUUGAUUUGGAAUACUACGACACCAGAAACCAGGAUAAACUUCAUACAGAAAAUCAUCAGACUGAAGUGAUAUGUGUGGCUCAGAUGGCAGGAGAGAUGAUAAAUGAUGAAAAGAGCAGAAUAAAAAACGGUAAACCACAACACACAGCGCAGUUUUACCCAGACAUGGACCCCAGUUUACGACGACUCCUGCAAGAAAAAGAGCAAGCUGUCAUGGCUUUGCAGGAAACUGUGGAGAUCCUGCAGAUGAAAGUGAACAGGUUAGAGCAUCUGGUUCACUUGAAGGACAUGCGAAUUGAAGAUCUGAUGCGGCAUCUGGAGACAUACAAAGCAAAAGGCAAUACACGCUAACAUGAAAAGUGUAUGUUUCAAGAGGAUUUAUCUAAUUUGCAGUUAUUUUUGCAGAUAUUGCAUAGUAUGUCUUAGUGUAGCUAAUGAUAUUCUACUAGAAAUGGUUCAUGAGAAUUUGAGUAGUUGAUAGUUGCUUGUUUUUGAGGAGUGUGUAGAAUGUGAUUUCAAGUGUUUAUGUAUCUACAGUCGCCUUGACCUUUUUUGACUUUACACAGCCUAUGACUUCUGACCUCAAAGUGCUCAAUAAAUCAACUAACCUCUUU